AUGAAUCGGCACACCGUUCUCCAUAUUCGCCUUUAUUUCAUUUAUCUUUGCAUUCACCGGCAGCCUGAACUGGCGGACAAACUGGCCGACGCUCCUCUCACUCCUGAGCCACUUAUCUGUCUUCUCUUCCUGUUACCUGACUCUCUCUCCGCUAAUUCGGAGGAUUCUACCAUCUUCAACCUCGACCUUCACUUCCUCUUUCUUCAGUCCAGGAAGAUCAGCCUUGAUUAUGUGAACUUCAGGAGUUUCCUUCCAGUUUAUACGAAUGUUGGCCAAGGCGGAGCCCUCCCGGUGUCGGUUGGUGCCGGGGACGUUGGUACGGGUGCCGGAGGAGAGGAUGCCUUCGAAGGGUCCCAAAUGUCUAGAGAAAAUGGGUUGAAGAUGUUGCUUCGCCGGCCACCGAAGAAACUUGGAAUCAACGCCAUGGAUGGAUUUCUGCUGCUGUUUGAUGUAGAGAGAGUUAUAAAAACGAGACGAUAA